CACUGGGAGGCCUGGGUGUGUGGAUGCACUGACGGACGGCCAUGUUUUGGAAAGCAAUGGCAGGUGGACUGCUGCUCACUUUCAGCCUCACUCUGCUGGGCUGGGGAGUUGAGGGGCAGGGGAACGGACGGGAUAAGAAACAAGUAUCAGGCGGAGCUACCGUCUACCUGGGCCAGGAUAGAGACAUCUGGAGGCCACUGAUCCACACAACAGUCAACGUCAGUGAGAUCAGCAGUAUUAAAUCAUCCUUCCAGUUUCGGACAUUUGACCCAGAAGGUGCAAUUUUCUACGGAGACACCAAAGACGGCGAGGACUGGUUUGUUUUGUCCCUAAAAGACGGCAUCCCUCUGAUGCAGAUCAGCAAAGGAGACAUCCUCAUCAGCGUGGCAGGCGGCACCAAACUCAAUGACGGAAAAUGGCACACAAUGGAGGUGAGCAACCACGGGAAGUUUGUGGUCCUAGAGGUGGAUGGCUCCAAUGGGCUGGUGGUGGGGAUGCAGUCCAAGCAGACCGAGGAGGUCCUUUCAGGUGAACUCCGGCUGGCCCUUGGCGGUGUCCUGAUCGACAAGGAAAAGAUGAUUGUUGAGUUUCAGCCACAGAUGGACGGCUGUGUGCGGAAAGGCAACUGGCUAAACCUCAGCGUCCCCUGGGAGACAGAGGCGGAGGAGCUUUGGCCCUGCUAUGAAAACGUGCAACCUGGCAGCUACUUCCCUGGCACCGGAUUUGCCAUUUUCAACACCUCAGUUUUCCCUAUUGAUGCAGAUCAUGGGGUCAAGGCUGAACUGUGGGGAGAUUUCAGUAAGAUGGAUGGAACCAUUUUGAGCAUCAAGGCUCCUGGGCAAGAGCUGAUGUUCGCUCUAGUGGCCAAUAAUAAUACAAAGGAGGUCACACUCACUUUCGGGCAAGAAAAAAUCAGCAUGAAAGACACAGUCAAGAGACUGGUGGUAACUUUUCGGACUGAUUCACUGCAUGUGUUUGAAGAUGAAGAUGACGUUCUGACCACUGUGUCAACAAUCGGUACAGGGAGCCACCCUGGAUUUUUAACCACAUGGGGAGAGGGCCGUCUUGCCGUUGGAGGUCUCCUAGGUGAGGGUGAGGACAACGCCGGCUCCCAGUUCUUGACAGGCUGUCUGAAGAAGAUCCAGAUCCAAGGGAAGGAUUUGGACCUGGAUUUAGCCCACAAACACACAUCAAUCUCCUCUCACAGCUGCCCUGCAUAGACCAUGAAAGCAUGCAAAUACAAUGUGCGGACUACAUAGUUGCAGUGGACUCCUUUGGGUCCAGAUGACAUAAAAAAAUACAAUAUGCAAAAAGGAAAAUUGUCUACAAAAUCAUUAGACAGCUUCUAUGGAGCAUAACCAUAAACUUUCCUAUCGGGCUACUAAUGGUCAAAUGUGGUAUUUGUAUCUAUUAACCUCUAAAAUGUGGAGAAUUUACAAUAAAAUAUGAAUAUGUUUUACGAUAAAUAUCUCUCACAUUAGCCCCAUUUGAACAGAAUAUGCUGAUUAAUCUGAGAAAUGUGAGUACUGCUGUGACCUUGGUAUGUGCUACA